AUGACUCGUCGAGGACGGUACCAAAAGAUCAUCCCGGCACAGGUCAAGGAUCACCGCCUGAUCGAGAAUGCGCCGUCUUCGCAUGCACCCUUUACAUCCAUACCCGUAUCCGCGUCCACAUCUACAUCCUCAUCCGCAUCCACGUCCACAUCCACGCCGACCUCCAAUCCACCCGCAUCGUCUCCACCAUCCUCAACGUCAGUAUCCUGGUACCGCAUGCUUUCUAUGGAUCACAUCCCCUCCACAGCACGCCAUCAUGCCGCCUCCCCCAGUCAAUCGCACAGAACAUCGUAUAGAGCCACAACCUACAACACAUCCAGUAAUAUUGGUCCCGCUUCUCCCUCUGCACCACAAGUCCCUGAUGAUAUUGAGUUGCCAUCUAGUCGAAGACAUCAGGCCAUUCCAAUAUCGUUCCUCAUCAAUCCAACACACGUGUCACCGCAAAGUCAACCAUUGGUAUCCCUCUUCAAUUAUCCGCCCAAGACCUCGUCGGAAAGUUCAUCGCAGGCCACAAGGGUAGGGCGCAGCUCUUUAGACGAGUUUGUCAAUCAGCCAGUUGAUGUCUUGUCAACAGAGCCGUAUCUACCGCCGCCCCAUUCAUACCCGCCGUUAUUUGAGGACUCAGGCCUAGAGUCAGAGGCCUAUAGAUCAACCAGUGCCGCUUCAUCUAAGGAUUCUACUCUCGCGGCCCCAAUAAAGCAGCAUUCCUUGGUCGAGAGCGGCAAUGGUAUUUCGUCACGACGCCAUAGUGCUUCCGAUCCUAAAGCGCCACCAGAAUAUCCCAGACACACGUCGACGCUCCAUAACACUCGUUCUAAGUGGUCAAGCUCCGUCAUUACUCAAGACCAAGAUUACCACUAUUACACACCCGAAGGCUCUGCAGAUUGUGCAGGGGUCGAGCCAGUGGAGGAACUUACCAGCCAUGCAGAGGAAGCCUCGGCAGAUCAUACAUCCGUCAGGAGAGCGAGUAAACCAAGCGUGAAGACAACAAAGACAGGCAAAAUUCUUCACAGGUCUAAAAAAGUUGGCAGGAGUAGGAAGUUGACAGCCUAUGAUAGGUUUCUGCAGCAGCGCAGCAAGUAUCUGGCGGUAAACCGUUCGGACCUUUCGGCACAAGAGAGGAAGUAUGAAGAUGUGGCAGUAAUGGGGAGAACCUGUUCGAAAACGGAUACGUCGUUAUCGUCCAGCAUUGCUCUUGAGCUAUUCAAUCCUCCUUCAGAUCGCAGCUUUGCUCCCAAGUACUGA